AUGAGCUACGUGACUCGCCGGGCGCUCUCCACGCUCAUUCCCCCCAAGGUUGCUUCGCCGAAGGCUAUCGGCGCUGCUCCCGAUGCCAUCCGCAUGCAGCGUGUUGUCAACUUCUACGAGAAGCUUCCUCGAGGACCGGCCCCGGAGGUCCAGGCAAAGGGCUUCUUCGGCAAGUACCAGGCCAAGCACUUCGGCAAGAACCCGACUGCUAAGCCCAUCGUCCACGCCAUCGUCUUCCUCCUGAUUGUUGGAUAUGCCCAGAACUACUACUUCCACCUCCGUCACCACAAGAACAAUGCCCACUAA